GAAAGAGCGAGCGCGCGGAUCUGGGGCGCGUGCGGGCGCGCUCCCGCUUGUUUGCGUGCGCGCCGCCGCUCGGCCCUUCCCGUGCUCUCCGACGUUCCGCUCGCUCGUCGCCGGAUCGUCGGGUUGUGGUGGCGCUGGUGGUGGUGAUGAUGAAGAGGAAGACGACGAUAAUGAUGAUGAUGAUAAUGAUGAUGAUGGCGGAAGCGGAGUUACGCUGACACUCUCUCUCUCUCUCUCUCUCCUCCUCCUCUCUCCCUCUCCUGUAAUUUUUCUCGUUAUUUGCGCCUGUCGGUGGAAAACCGUCGACCGAGCGGGCCGCGCGUGUCCGUGUGUUUGUGUCUCCCUGUCUCUCUCUGUCUCUGUGCGUCCCCGUGGGUAUAAAUGGGGAACGAGGCGAGCCUCGAAGGAGAGGCGGGCCAGCCCGGGACCGCUUCCGCUUCAGCACCACCGCGCGCUGGACAGCUCAGCGAGCCGAGCACCGGAGCGCGCGCAGCACCCGGCCCGAGACCGGACAGCAUCCAGGGCAAAUCCCCAAACACAGACCCCAGUAAUGGACCGAAGCCAGGGGGGCCGGUUGGCAGUGUCCCCAAUCAGAGCCAGUCUCCUCGCAAGAGCCCUCAGGGGGACCCGGGUGGCCCUAAGUCCCCCUACUCGGUGCCGCAGAUUGCCCCGAUGCCCAGCAGUAAGCUGUGUCCUGUGUGUAAAACAGCCGACCUGACGGGCUCCACAGACGGCCAGCCGAACUGCAACACCUGCACGCAGUGUCACAGUACAGUGUGUAACCAGUGCGGCUUCAACCCCAACCCACACCUUACUGAGGUACAGGAAUGGCUGUGUCUCAACUGCCAGAUGCAAAGGGCAUUAGGAAUGGACAUGGACACCCCGAGAUCCAAGAGUCAGCAGCAGAUCCAUUCUCCGCAGCAGCCCACCAAACCCCAGCCUCGGACGGCACCUCAAACUCCAUCUUCAACCCAAACCAAACCUUUCCCAGCACCCCAGAAUGAGCUAAAAUCUCAAUCUCAACCUUCUACCCCUUUAAAAACCCAAGUGAAACCUCAAUCCCAACCAACUCCUUCACCUCAAACCCAGGCCAAAGCUCAACCGCAAACUACCCAAUCACCCCAAACCCAAGCUAACCCUCAAUUCCAGACUACCCCAUCAUCUCAAACCCAAGGCAAACCUCAAUCACAGCCUCCAACUCCUUCACAGACUCAAGCAAAACUUCCAUCCACCCCUCAAACUCAACAAAAAUCUCAAUCACAACCUGCGACUCCCACCAAAUCCCAACCAAAUCCUCCUCCAUCUGAGCAGCCAUUUGGCAAGCUCUUUGGAUUUGGUGCAUCACUUCUAAACCAGGCCACCAGUCUGAUAUCAGUCGACCAGCCUUCGUCUCAGCCUCCAUCUCAGCCUCAGACACCUCAGAAGACUUCUGCAGCAACUUCAAAACCUGCUGCCCAAUCCGGACCUCCACCCAGCACCCAACCCGGACCCGCACCUGGCACCCAACCCGGACCUGCACCUGGCACCCAACCCGGACCCGCACUUGGCACCCAACCUGGACCUCAACCUGGACCCCAAUCUACAGCGCCUUCCCAGCAGCAGAAGAGUAAACCAAAAGUGUGCUGCCCUCUCUGCAAAACUGAGUUAAAUGUUGGUGUGCCUACAGAAUCUCCCAAUUUCAACCACUGCACCCAGUGCCAUGCCCAGGUCUGCAACAUGUGUGGCUUCAACCCCACACCACAUCUUACUGAGAAGAAAGAAUGGCUUUGCUUGACAUGCCAGACACAGAGAGCCAUUUCAGGGGAUUUGGGGGAUGGCCCAUCUCCUGCUCCUCAGCCCAUGGGAUCUCCCCGAGCGCCUGGACCUACAACCCAACAGCAUGCUCAGUUAAAGCCACCCAGUCAGCAGGCAGGGGUGAGGCAUGCCGGUCCUCAGCAGCAAAAAACACCUGGUGCCCAAGUAAGUGGUACUCUCUCUUCAGCCAAACAUGGAACACCACAGAGCAAGGGUCCUGCUCAAGCGUCUACUGCCAAGACAACCCCUUCCCAACCUGCAAGCAAAAGCAAGACAGAGGCUCGGAAACAAGAGCAAGGCAUUAGCAAGAAACAAUCAGUAUCCAAAACCGAAAAAGAAGGUGACAUGAAAGCGUUGCAUAAGAAAGGAACUCAAGAAAUAAAAGACCAGAAGAAAAGUUGUGAUUUGCAAAAAUCUAAACUCCAUGACGAUUCCAACAAGUCCAGUACACAGAGUCUAAGUGACACAGGCUACUCCUCCGAUGGCAUAUCCGGCUCCCAGAGUGAGAUCACUGGACUCAUUCGAGAGGAGGGAAUUAAACUCAGUGAAGGAGGUUUGUCUACCCAGCGCAGUCCUCCCAGCCCCUCCGAAAUAAAAAAACUUGAGAGUUCUAUGCGACCUCUUUUACAGUCAGAGACAGCCUCUGAAAUCGAUAAGACAAGACCCCAGUCUCUGUCCAUAACACAAGACCAAUUCGAUUCUGAUGGGGAAGUAUCUGAUGACCUUAGUUGCAAAUUACGUCAUGACUAUGUGGAGGACAGCAGUGAAAGUGGCCUGUCUCCUUUACCGACCAGACAAAAGUUGCAGAAGGGCCUAACAGAUGAGGAGUUUAUGAGGAGACAGAUUUUGGAAAUGAGUGCAGAUGAGGAAGAAGUGGUAGAGACUGAAGGUCAGGUGAAAGUCAAAAAGAGUCAUAAACACAGUGGUGAUCUGGGAAAAGAGAGGCGACGCCUUACACAGCAAUCAAACAGCUUUGAAGAUGACACUAAAAGUAAUGAGGCUACAUACAAGUCCAAUGACGGAGAUGAUAUGAUGGGUUCACAAGGAGGCCUAAGGCGAUUUAAGACUAUAGAACUGAAUAAUACCAAUAGCUAUAAUCGUGAUUUGGAACUUAGCACAGAGCAUGACCUUCGAGAACCCGAGCUUGAGAUGGAAAGCCUGACUGGAUCACCAGAGGAAAAGUCAAGAGGAGAGUAUUCCUCAACCCUUCCUGCUACCACACCUAGCUAUACAUCUGGAACCUCUCCUACAUCUGUGUCGUCACUGGAGGAUGACAGCGAUAGUAGUCCUAGCAGAAGGCAAAGGCUCGAAGAGGUUAAGCAGCAGAGGAAAGCAAGGCACCGAUCUCACGGCCCACUCUUACCAACAAUCGAGGACUCUUCAGAAGAAGACGAACUGAGGGAAGAGGAAGAACUUUUAAGAGAACAAGAAAAGAUGAGAGACUUGGAACAGCAAAGGAUUCGCAGCACAGCCAGGAAAACUAAAAGGGACAAAGAGGAACUCAGAGCACAGAGACGCAGGGAGAGGUCAAAGACUCCACCCAGCAAUCUGUCACCAAUUGAGGAUGCUUCUCCAACAGAGGAGCUUAGACAAGCAGCAGAAAUGGAAGAACUUCACAGAUCAUCCUGUUCAGAAUACUCUCCCUCUAUAGACUCAGAGGCAGAAGGAUUUGAAGUAGGCUCUAAGCUUUACAAGUCUGGCAGUGAAUACAAUCUUCCAACAUUUAUGUCUCUGUAUUCACCUACAGAAAAAUCAUCUGCAGAGUCACCGUCUGCUGUACACAAAUCAUUAAAAAGUGCAGAGGAGGUUUAUGAGGAAAUGAUGAGAAAAGCAGAGAUGAUGCAAAAACAGCAGGGACAACCAGUGAAACAAGAGCAGCAAGGGACUUCCAGUUUGACAAAUAGUCAGCACUUACGAACAGGGUCAACAUCUUUGAGUCCAGGCACAAGCCCUACACAGAUGUCAGCACCUGUAUCAUUUUCAGACAGUGGCAGUAGUGGACUGGCCAGGGUUAGUGAAACACAACAAAACCAGCACAGGAUGCCUUCCCAAACCUCUAAAAUGUCACCGUCUCCACCACAAGUGCGUCAGCCUGCUCCUAGACAGCAGCAAGUACGAUCGAUCCAGAGUGCUGACUCACAAACAACUACACACAUCCUUGAUCACAUGUCAUCUGUGGCAUCUACGCUCCAAGGCUCCCAUGCUCCUCAAAGAACUGCAGGUCCUCGUCUUGCAAGACAGCAGUCCUCCCAAGAUACCCCAGUCAUGGUAAUAACACUAGAAUCAAGCACCCCAACUCAACCCCCAAAACCAAUAACUGUAAAUUCUUCUACAUCCCCACUCUCUUCUCCAACAAGUAGCCAGCAACAGCCAAUUUAUUGGACCCAGUCUUCUGUAACAAGUUCUCCUACAUCACCACAAAUGUCUCAGCUUGCCUAUCAGAGAGGACAAGCAGCUGAAAGAGUCACUUCUGGGCCAAGCACUCCCUCAUGUGCAGCUUCUCAAAGUUAUAGGUCUGAUAACAUAUCAUUGUGUAAAAUAUCCAAUGUUCCAGGAACCUCAAUGGUUAUUGAACAAGGGACAGUGGCGCAAAGUGGAAAUGUGGUUGACCUUAGAGCAGUGAAGCCUGCUCCAAUUAUCAUGACAGACCAUGGUAUGGAUCUUACAUCCUUGGCAUCUGACACACGAAGGUACUCAGUUGAUGCAGAUCAACCCCCAAGCCGUCAUACAGCUGUACAACCUCUCAUUAUGAAUCUAAAUGCACAGGCACAACCACAUGUAACAAUAUCCACACCAACAACAGUGAGUGUUACUGUGGCAGCUUCUAUGUUUAUAUCACAGCCUAAAUACCCAAUGGUUUAUGGAGAUCCACUGCAGAAUCGAGUUGACUUUGGUCAGGGUGCUGGAUCAGCUGUUUGUCUUUCUCAACCAAGAACACCAAUAUCCGACUCUUCAAUUCCAAAGAUAGAUGCAUGUCUGGAAGAUCUUGGUAUCCAACAACAGCAGCUUCAAAAGCAACAGCAGAAGCUCCAACAGCAACAACAGCUCCUUGAACAACAGCUCCAGCAUCACCAACAAAAUACAGCUUCUUUUGCCCGUUACAACUUAGCGAACCAAGUGCAUCCAGUAUUGUUGAAGAAAGACUUAGUGGUGUGCCAGACAAGUGGUGGAAGCACACAAACAGUGAUUAGUGCCAUUCCCAAAGUAUCCCCACUUCCACCACCCUUAUCAACCUCUAUUUCAUCUACCCCUACUAUAGGCCAUGACAUAUAUGGUGGGGUUGCUCUGGAACUAAAAAAUAAGCCCACAGUCACUAACCUCUCAACAGAACAGCCCCAUGCAAUGAUGGUACAGUUAGAUGAAAGUGGUUCAUCACAAGGGGGUACAGUCACACAAAUAGUUAAAAGGGAAGAACCACAUCAAGCACCAGAAGUUCUUGAUCUCACUGGACAAAUCAAGUCAGAGAACCAAGUGGCUUGCUGUGAUGUUGUCUACCAAUUGCCUUUUGGUGGUAGCUGUUCAGGUCCCUUUGGCCAGAGAAGUAAAACAACUAUUUCAGACCCAAAUUCUUCUGCUGAUCCUACCUCAGCUCCUCAUCAGCAAACUCAGCUAGAAAAAGAUGGUCAUUAUCCCAUAAAUAUGCAAGGGGAAUCAGAGGAGCAUAAACCAUUUACUAUGCCUUUGUCUGGACAGCUUCCACCAUCAAUGUCAGAUACAAAUCUUGCAGAAUCAGGACUCCAGUGUUAUCAAAGGACAGAUGCUGGGGAUCUGGCAGUGGAUUUAAGCUCUAUGAAACAAGCAUAUGAAGCGGGAUAUCUUGGAAUGGGUGCCCAAUAUGGAUCGUACACUGAUUUGCGACAUCAAGAUGUUUCAACCCCACCAUUACCUCUUCGUAGAUACGGCUCAAUGUCUAAUAUCAGUGGAGACUUUGGCUAUCCUUCUCGUGACCUGGCAGGCACUCAAGAAUCAAAUCUAGCACAGUACAGUGCCACCACUGCCAGAGAAAUUAGCAGAAUGUGUGCUGCUCUUAACUCAAUGGAUCAUUUUGGAAAUCGCUAUACUAACAGCCCAGAUCUUCUUCAAUAUGGUGCUGGAAGAGGAGGCCAAAUAGGAAGGCUUGGCCUUCAACAAGGUCUAACAUCAGUCAGGGCAAACAUUCUUUAUGGCCCUGAUGGGAGGCCCACAGCACAUGGCCAAGCCCUUACAAAUCUAAUCAAUGCUAGACAGGCAACGCUCCGGGCCUUAUAUCCUCCUGUACUGAGGACUGCUGAUGGCAUGAUAUACUCAACGAUAAACACUCCGAUAGCAUCCACUUUACCAAUCACAACCCAACCUGCUCCUGUAUUAAAUCCUAUGGUAAGAGGAGUUUACAGGCCUUAUCCUCCCAGCAGUGUGACCGCUGUUUCUCUAGCCAGCCUUAGUCGAUUGCCUCAGGUUGCUCCAAGAAUGCCUCUGUCUGCACAGGGACCUUACAGAUACCCCACUCCAACCCUUUUCCCAGCAUCUGCCACAGAUUCUAUUUCAGGGAGUGUGCCAACUACAAGUAGUUCCCAAGAAACACCUAUCUAUUUUGUCAAGCCUACAGUACCUGGCACAAUUACAUCAACUACAACAUUACCAUCUGCUCCCAGAGCAACUGUUCCGACUAGUGCUAUACCAGCCCAAUCAACAAUUUUAAACCAACAGACUUCUCAGGGUGACAUUCCAGGAGAUGCUGCCACAGUCCUUCCAUCCACUCAAAAUCUAAUUUUACAGUCAAUCCAGGCACAAACCCAUCCUCAAUCAUUGCCCAAUAGUAAAGAUUUGUCUGUGAUUCAAGGCUUGUCUCAGACACAGGACCACUUAUCAGUGCCACAGUCACAGCCACAUGCAACUACUAGAGGACUGUCAGAUACAUCAGUUAGUGAUGAGAAAGAGGAAGAACAUUUACGGCAACAACAAGAGCAACUACUGCAACUAGAGAGAGAACGCAUUGAGUUAGAGAAGCUACGUCAGUUACGUCUUCAAGAAGAGCUGGAGAGGGAUCGCUUAGAGUUGCAAAGGCACAGGGAAAAAGAACAACUUCUCGUGCACCGCGAGAUCCAAGAACUUCAGAACAUUAAGCAGCAAGUUCUUCAGCAACAGCAAGUUGAAAGAGAAACUCAAUUGGUGAUACAGAGAGAGCAGCUGGCUCAGCAGAAGAUGCAGCUAGACCAAAUUCAGGCUCUGCAACAGCAGCUCCAGCUGCAGCUUGAAGAGCAGAAAAGGCAAAAGACAGCAGCUGUUGAAGCAGCGGCAGCAGUGGCAGCAGCAGAGGCAGCUGCUGCCUCUGCAGCUGCUGCUGCAGCAGCAACAACUGCACAAAGUGCCAUUAAUGGAAUGCUGGUUGGUGGCGCCCCUCAAGCAAUCUCCAUCAUUUGUGAUCAAAGUGGUAGGGUUAUUCCACAAGAUGGCCAGAGCUUGCAGUUUUUACCUUGCAUGGAUGGGCAGAUGGUUCAAGCACUGGUGUCCACAAGACCUAUGCCUAGUUCAGCCUCUGAAAUGUCCCUGAGGAACAGUGAUGAUCAAGGAAGUAGCCAUGUUAUUAAAAAACAGAAUUCAAUGCCUCGCUUGAGGAAUGGCACUGAGGAGGAACCUGUGAAAAGGAUUGCGGACAGCAGUGUCCAAACUGAUGAUGAAGAUGCAGAGGAUCGGUUUAUGUCACGACGCAGAAGGACAAGGCGUAUUGCUGACUGCAGUGUCCAGACAGAUGAGGAGGACCAGGGGGAGUGGGAUAGCCAGCCAGUGCGACGUCGUCGCUCAAGGUACUCCAAACACUCUGAAUCAAGUGCAGAAAAUAAAACUGAUGCAUCUAAAGUGACUUCCAGCAUAGCUAUCCAGACAACCAGUGACUCAUCAUGCCAAACUGAAUCAGAUCAGUUGGGAAGAGUCUCACCAGCCAUUCACAUCACCAUGGCUGAGACAUCAAAGGUUGAACUGCUUCACUACAUCUCUGCACCAGAGAGGACACACAAAGGGGAGAGUUUAGCCUGUCAGACUGACCCAGAAGCACAGUCUCAAGGAGUGGUUGUUCCUCAGCUUAGUGUUUCUACCACAGUCAGCCCCUACUCCACCAGCUUACAUGUAGUUGGUGCCACUCCAGCCAAGUUUGAAAAACGAAAAUUGGACCCACUAGACAUUGGGCUACAAACACAGCAACCAGUUGAUCCACGUCCACCCAAAUCCCCACAAGUGUUGUACUCCCCAGUGUCCCCUCUGUCCCCUCACCGCGUGCUGGAGACAAGCUUGGCCUCCAGUGAGAAGCUCAAUAGGGCACAUGUCACACCCCAGCAAAAGGCCUUCACUACUGAAUCACCAAAGAUGCAUCAAACUAUUCCACGGCCAAUAAAAAGUGUUCAGCGCUCCCUGUCAGAUCCUAAACCCCUCAGCCCAACUUCAGAGGACCCAUCUAAGGCUAAAUUCUCAUUGUACCAGGGUCACAACUCUUCAGGUAGUCAGCUACAGAACUCAAUUAUGAGGAAAGUGAAGCGGACCCUCCCCAGCCCCCCUCCAGAUGAGAUACCACUCCCAAUAGUAACUCCUGCAAUGUCCCACAUGUACAGCUCCGGAAUACCCCAGAGACUAUUGCCUCGUCCAACACAUGGUGUCAUGAAGGUGGGUAUUCUGAGUGAAUUAAAAGCUGUCGAACAGGAGUCUUCCAAGCUACGCAAACAGCAAGCAGAACUUGAAGAAGAAGAGAAAGAGAUCGAUGCUAAGCUACGCUGUUUGGAAUUAGGCAUUACCCAACGCAAGGAAACCAUGGUUAAAGAACGUGAGAGGCGAGAGCUGGCCUACCUGCGUGGCAUCGGGGACGCAAGGGACUACAUGUCAGACAGUGAACUGAACAAUCUUAGAUUAACUGGCAUACCAACAGGCACAUAUGAAGCAAAUGGACUGAUGUCAAGACCAAGCACAGCACCUCUUAGCCAAUAUACUUCUGACCCAAAUGUGACUUCUCAAUAUCCACCCACCUCCUCUUAUGUCAUAUAUCCAUAUCCUCAGAGUCAACCUGCACCGACACAGCCACCGACUGCUGCCUAUCAGCAGAUUGGAUUUCAAGCACCCCAGUACCCAGCACCAUCCCAGCCUCAGCCAGGCACCUUUCAGCCACACCCUCCUCAACCCUCCCUAUAUCAAACACAAGGUCCUUACCAGGGUCAUGCUUAUGCCCAGUCAUAUCAGACAGAUAUAGGCCUGCAGCAACCCAGUCACCAGAGCUUUCAGCCUCCUGCAUCUCAUUUGCCUGGACAGACAUUACCAUACCCUGGCCAAGGACUGCCCUUUCAGCCCCAAACUGAUAUGCUUUCUGGUCAUCAGCUGCCACGACAUACAUCACUAGCUGAUCUUGAACAGAAAUUGCCAACCAAUUAUGAAAUAAUUACCAAUCCUGCAGUGUCAGUUGCCACCUCAGCUCAGGACACUGGCUUUAGUGGUGCCUAUUCUUCACCCAUGGCAAAUGCUUAUGGGCCAUAUCGUACCCCUGAACAAACAAUGGCAGAGCACAUGCCAAGUCCAACAUCUGGGUAUGGUACAGAUGGUCUCUAUGCCACAAACCUAGAACAAAAUAUACCCAGAAACUAUGUAAUGAUAGAUGAUAUAAGUGAACUUACAAAGGAGAACAUGGGAUCGACUGAUGCUUCGAGGACAGGUUAUGGGAGUGAGAAUGGCCCACAGAGGAUGGGUUAUGGAGAUGGGUCUGAGGAUCUAUAUGGAAGACCUGGCAGCACCACAAGUUACCACCAUCAGGGUACUGUGGACAGUCAUGGCCGUCCUAGCACAACUGUGAGUGGUGGAUCUUCCUAUUACUAUGAUGACUAUAAGCAUUCUCCUCGCAGUAGUUCUGGAAUGGGCAGCCAAAAGCAUCCUUCUAAGAACUUGGCACCAGCUGCUGUGUCCUCCAAGCGUAAUAAGCACAGAAAGCAAGGCAUGGAGCAGAAGAUUUCUAAAUUCUCCCCCAUCGAAGAGGCACGAGAUGUUGAAUCUGACUUGGCCUCCUACACAAUCACAACACCAUCAGGUGGAAGCUGUACUAUGGUUUCUAGAUCAGGGGUAAAAAAGAAUGUUUAUGAUCAGCAAAAGUAUUAUGGCUCAAGAGAAGGCUUGGAUGAAGAUGAACGUCUGUACAGCUCUGGAAGAUCAAGGUCCACAGGCUAUGGCAUGGAUAAGAUUUCCUCAAGAGAAUCAGGAGGGUACAGAAGUAAGUCAUAUGAGAGAGACGCCAUGGAGCGAUCUCAGAGGGGUACCCACAGCCGCAGCGGACGUAACACUAUGCGUACUCAGAACUCAGAGGAAGAGAGUCCACUGAGCCCAGUGGGCAAACCGGUUGGUAUGGGACGUGCCUCAGACCCACAUGAUGUUAGAAAUCAGUAUGGCUCCAGCCAUUCUCUUCCUGAUGUUCAGGAUCAUCACAUAAGGGAUAUGCCUAAGAGCCAUGCCUACAAGCCAGAUGACCCAUACUUAGUGGAUGAUAUGCACUGUGCUGUUUCAGACAGUGAAGCAUAUCAUUUAGGACAGGAAGAGACAGACUGGUUUGAAAAACCACGAGAGGCCACUCACGAUCGUUCCAGACAUCAAGGGAGUGGAAGCCACUCCUCUACAGGUAAGAGAGGCAAUGUCAAGCACACAUACCAUGAUUAUGAUGAACCCCCUGAGGAAGACUUGUGGCCACAAGAUGAAUACAGCCACCAACGCCAUUCCUCUUCCACAUCCCGAGAACACAGACACCAUGUUAGUAGCUCAGGACAUCACUCAACAGCCCGGCACCCCUCGGAAGUUUCAAGAUCUUCCCGUUCUUCGAGAUCACAUCCAAAGGACCCAUCGGCUCGCUCUGAAGCACGCAGCACUUCAUCCUCUUCACAUAAAAGAUCUUCAGAACCCAGAUCUUCACAGCCCGGGAGCCGCGACUCUGGCGAGUACUCCCGUGACCCUGCAUCUGGGCACCAUCAUAGUGGUCAACGGGGGCCAAGGCAGUCUGGUGCUUCCAGGCGGCAAGAAGUUCCUUCAUCCAAGCAGCAGCACCAGCAACAACAACCGCCGCAGCAGCCGCAACAGCAGCAACAACAGCCGCAGCAACAGCAGCAGCAGCAACAGCAGCAGCAACAGCAACAGCAACAAGGCUUUGUAGGCCAACAGCAACCGCCACAGCAAGGACAGCAAAGGCCCACAACACAACCAACAGCUGGCAGGCAGGCUGCACCUCAGCAGCCUGAAACUGGGCAGCAGGUUCAACACACCAACCAGCAACCUCGUACUCAGCAGCAGCAGUCACAGCCACAGGUUGGACAACAGCCAGCAACGACCACAGCAGGUGUGACUCAGCCCACCACUAUAGGGGCUGGUGUUGGAGCCGGGGCUGCCCAGCAACAACCUAAGCCAAGCCAGGCUCCAGUAUCAGGACAACCGCUGGCUGCGGGACCAACCACAGCUCAGCCGACAAUUUCUGGGGGAGGGCAGAUGAAACCUGAAACUGCUCCUGCUGCACCAUCUCCUGCAGUUGCAAUUGGAUCAAAAGCUGCACCCCAGACUGCUAAAGCCCCUACGACCCCAGCAACUGCCAUUGGGUCAAAAGCAGCUCCUCGGCCAGGAGGCAUUGGCAGUGCGGCGCCGCCACCACAGCAACCCACAGACAGCGAAAACGUUUUCAGCAAAAUCCUGCCUGGUAAUGCAGCGGAACAAGCAGGGAAACUAGGAGACGCUGUGUCUGCUAUUGGCAAGAAGUUUACAUCAUUUUGGUGAGCUGCUAACUGGAAGGGUUCACUGUGGCUGAGCAGAGGAGGCAUUUUACUGGAAAAAAAAUUAUAAACUGUUUCUGCCACCCAUUAAUCUGUGGAUGGAGGACACCUGAGAACCGGUGGAUGAUCAGGCCAGGAAAAGCGGAUGAAGAUCCUCCAUGAGCUCCCUCGGUCUGAACCUUCAUCAUCUCACAAGACACGUUUUGCUCCACUCCACCCGGGGGGCGCCAGAAUGUUCACUUCUACCUAAUAACAUCACGCUAUAAAACUGUAAACCUGUGCUCAGGUGUCCUUGCUCCAUCUCUCUCUCUCUCUCUCUCUCUGUGUCUCUCUCUCUCUCUUACACACACACACACACACACACACACACACACACACAGAUUAAUGAUGACAGAAGCAGUUCUUGAAGUUUUUUCCAGACUUUCUGAGACUGAUGGUUCUCCGACCGAGCGGACAUUUCCACUAAGGCGAUGAUUGAUCUUCUUUUUGAAUGUGUUUUUUGUUCUGUCUUUCUUUUUUUUCCUGUAAUAUGUUUAUGUGCACUCGAAUGCAAUCGUGUAAAGUGUCAUACAUGCGACUGCACGCAUGGAAAUAGAUGUCUUCUAUAUAAACCCACGAACGCUCACAUCUUUUCAUGGUCUCUGAGGAAGAGGACGAAGAAGAGGAGAAAGAGUUCAACAUUGACAUUAUAACAUUCCCUCUUUCUCUUUUAGCCAUGAUCGUGCCAUCACACACAGAAGCCCUCAUCUCUUCUUCAAUUAUGAUAUUAUUAUUAUUGUUAUUUUGUUUAUUUUUUGUUGGCCUGAUUUUCUUUUUUUUUUUUUUUUGCAAUUAAGAGCCUUAUCCAUUUUUUACAUACCUCAUCAUUUUUUUGGGUUGUUUUCUUUUAUUUUCCUCCUUUUUAUUUAUUUUUUUGCACAGCUGUAUUCUACUGUAAAGAGACGUGUCUUUUACGGCGCGAUACUGUAAAUCACUGGAGGAUUUAUGGAUUUAUAUUUGUAAGUGUUUGUAAUUUGUUUAUUUAUUUAACAUUGUUUUUUUU